AUGUACAGACUUCAGGAUACACUACAGCAUCAGCAGCCUUCGUCACAGUUUACAACACGACAGCAUCAGCAACCUUUGUCACAGUUUACAACACGACAGCAUCAGCAGCCUUCGUCACAGUCUACAACACGACAGCAUCAGCAGCCUUCGUCACGGUCUACAACACGACAGCAUCAGCAGCCUUCGUCACAGUCUAUAACAAGAAAGCAUCAACAGCCUUCGUCACAGUCUACAACACGACAGAAUCAGCAACCUUUGUCACAGUUUACAACACGACAGAAUCAGCAACCUUUGUCACAGUUUACAACACGACAGAAUCAGCAACCUUCGUCACAGUCUACAACACGACAGAAUCAGCAACCUUUGUCACAGUUUACAACACGACAGAAUCAGCAACCUUUGUCACAGUCUAAAAAUACGACAGCAUCAGAUAGCAUCGUCACAGACUACAACACGAUAACAUCAGAUAGCAACUUCACAGACUACAACACGAUAACAUCAGAUAGCAACUUCACAGACUACAACACGAUAACAUCAGAUAGCAACUUCACAGACUACAACACGAUAACAUCAGAUAGCAACUUCACAGACUACAACACGAUAACAUCAGAUAGCAACUUCACAGACUACAACACGAUAACAUCAGAUAGCAACUUCACAGACUACAACACGACAACAUCAGAUAGCAUCAUCUCAGACUACAACACGAUAACAUCAGAUAGCAUCAUCUCAGACUACAACACGACAACCUCAGAUAGCAUCAUCUCAGACUACAACACGAUAACAUCAGAUAGCAUCAUCUCAGACUACAACACGACAACCUCAGAUAGCAUCAUCUCAGACUACAACACGAUAACAUCAGAUAGCAACUUCACAGACUACAACACGAUAACAUCAGAUAGCAACUUCACAGACUACAACACGAUAACAUCAGAUAGCAACUUCACAGACUACAACACGAUAACAUCAGAUAGCAACUUCACAGACUACAACACGAUAACAUCAGAUAGCAACUUCACAGACUACAACACGAUAACAUCAGAUAGCAACUUCACAGACUACAACACGACAACAUCAGAUAGCAACUUCACAGACUACAACACGAUAACAUCAGAUAGCAACUUCACAGACUACAACACGACAACCUCAGAUAGCAUCAUCUCAGACUACAACACGAUAACAUCAGAUAGCAACUUCACAGACUACAACACGACAACCUCAGAUAGCAUCAUCUCAGACUACAACACGAUAACAUCAGAUAGCAUCAUCUCAGACUACAACACGACAACCUCAGAUAGCAUCAUCUCAGACUACAACACGAUAACAUCAGAUAGCAACUUCACAGACUACAACACGAUAACAUCAGAUAGCAACUUCACAGACUACAACACGAUAACAUCAGAUAGCAACUUCACAGACUACAACACGAUAACAUCAGAUAGCAACUUCACAGACUACAACACGAUAACAUCAGAUAGCAACUUCACAGACUACAACACGAUAACAUCAGAUAGCAACUUCACAGACUACAACACGACAACAUCAGAUAGCAACUUCACAGACUACAACACGAUAACAUCAGAUAAUAGCAUCAUCUCAGACUACAACACGAUAACAUCAGAUAGCAACUUCACAGACUACAACACGACAACCUCAGAUAGCAUCAUCUCAGACUACAACACGAUAACAUCAGAUAGCAUCAUCUCAGACUACAACACGAUAACAUCAGAUAGCAUCAUCUCAGACUACAACACGAUAACAUCAGAUAGCAACUUCACAGACUACAACACGAUAACAUCAGAUAGCAACUUCACAGACUACAACACGAUAACAUCAGAUAGCAUCAUCUCAGACUACAACACGAUAACAUCAGAUAGCAACUUCACAGACUACAACACGAUAACAUCAGAUAGCAACUUCACAGACUACAACACGACAACCUCAGAUAGCAUCAUCUCAGACUACAACACGAUAACAUCAGAUAGCAUCAUCUCAGACUACAACACGAUAACAUCAGAUAGCAUCAUCUCAGACUACAACACGAUAACAUCAGAUAGCAUCAUCUCAGACUACAACACGAUAACAUCAGAUAGCAACUUCACAGACUACAACACGAUAACAUCAGAUAGCAACUUCACAGACUACAACACGACAACCUCAGAUAGCAACUUCACAGACUACAACACGAUAACAUCAGAUAGCAACUUCACAGACUACAACACGAUAACAUCAGAUAGCAACUUCACAGACUACAACACGAUAACAUCAGAUAGCAACUUCACAGACUACAACACGAUAACAUCAGAUAGCAACUUCACAGACUACAACACGACAACCUCAGAUAGCAACUUCACAGACUAA